GGAAUUAGAAUAUAUUUUUCCAAUUUAUUAAGGGCUGUAAAUAAUUGUUGUAUUUUGUAAAGUAUCUAUAUUGCUUUGCGUGAAAAUUAAUAAGUAACACAAAAUUAUUAAAAUCAUCGGGAUGGACGUGGAUGAAAAUAUGGGCGCUGACAACGGCGAUGUCUUCAUGCACCGUAUCAAAGAACUUACGGCAGAAGAGAAACAACAGCUUGAAUCACAGAACUCCCGCAUUAUUCCUGCAUCAAAAGCAACGAAGCUUGAGCGAGAAGCGCAAAAGCACUGGGAUCUUUUCUACAAAAGGAAUGAAACGAAAUUCUUCAAAGACCGGCACUGGACCACACGUGAGUUUCAAGAGUUAAUUAACUUCGAUCCAGAGCAGCAAUUAGUAUUCUUAGAGCUCGGCUGUGGCGUCGGCAACAUGGUGUUCCCGUUAGUUGAAGAAGGAUUUUCGAAUUUUUACUUUUACGCGUGUGAUUUUUCACCACGUGCAAUAGAGUUCGUAAAGUCGAACCCUCUGUAUGAUGAGAACAAGAUGAAGGCGUUUCGAGCUGAUUUGACUACAGACGACUUGUUUGAAAACGUGGAGGAAGGCAGCGUGGAUCUAGCAAGCCUGAUCUUUGUCCUAUCGGCCAUAUCGCCGUCAGCGUGGGCACAUGUCGCGAGCGUUGCAUUCCGCGUGCUCAAGCCCGGAGGCAUGUUGCUGUUUAGAGAUUACGGACGAUAUGACAUGGCGCAGCUACGAUUCAAACCGGGGCACAAGAUUGCAGAGAAUUAUUAUAUGAGACAGGAUGGCACUAGGACAUAUUACUUCAGUGAAGAGCAGCUAGAGCAGUUAUUCUUCAAAGCAGGGUUUGAAAUCAUAAAGAACACUUAUGUCCAGCGCCGCACUAUCAACUUUAGAGAGGGCCUUGACAUUCCCCGCAUUUUUGUGCAAGGGAAAUACAAAAAGUCAGCAAAUGGUAAGUUGAACUAACUAAUCAAGUGCGCUCGGAUCAUAGAAUAUAUCCCUGAAAUGAAGACAAUAUAGCUGAAAGAAAUUGGCUUCUAAGACAACAAGAACAUGAGUUACUUCGUCAACAGCUGAGUUGCGUCAUUAUUAUCUGAUACAUACGGAAUGAGCAUAUUAUGUUGUUUUGGAAGUCCAUAAAAUUUUAUAGUGUGCAAGACAUCCACACUGGUGCUGUGUAUGGUUGAGUUGGUUUAAAUCAGCUACCAUUUAGAUACCUUUACGAUGAUGAUGAAAUUCGGAUUAUGAAGAUAAUGAGAUUCGGAUGUGUGUCCGUUCGCAGAAACAACAAAUAAUUGCUCAUCAACUUAGACAACCCCUUCUUUUUCAAGAUGGAGUUCAUACAAUGAUGUGUGCUCAUUAUGUGGGGGAGCAGCUGCACUGUGAUUCCCCCAUAGGCCAUAAAUCAAAAAAAAUCAUUGGCUUAUCCCGGUUAGAUCAACUCACUAAGUUAGUAACUAGUUAACAAG